AUGUCUUCUCCAAAAACCCGUGCUCAAUCUUCCUCAUCUCCAGUUCCUCCUGAUUAUAUCACUAGGACUGGAGUUGACAGCCAUGCGAUAGAAGUCAGAAGCAAGCUUCACCCUUUUGCCCAAAAGAAUCUAGACGAGAACAUCCUCCAUCUUUUCAAGAACACUCUGGUGCUAGGGCCUCACUGGUUUGGUCCUGUUCUGGCUGAGAUGGCGGAGCUGAUGAAAAAGGAUGCCGAAGCUCCUUUGUGUUUUGAAAGCACUUCUGCCCUAUCAUCCCAUUCUUGGGUUAGCAAGAAUCUGAGCCGCUCAUUCCCCUCGAGCGAAGUGAGGAACAAUCCAGUGAAGUGGGCUGAUUGGAUUGACCGGCUCCUUCCACGGUAUGGAGCUCACUGGAGGAGGGCUGGUAUUUAUGACGCUAUUCUCCUGUCCAAACAAUCCAUCAACAAGGAUGAGAACCUGCUUGCUGCUGCCCUGUGUUUCUGGAAUUCUGCCAGCAACACCUUCAAUUUUCGCAUAGGCCCCAUGGCUCCAACUCUGCUAGAUAUGGCUCAAAUUUUUGGGUUCAGACCUCAUGGAAGGCAUGUGGAUGUAGUUGGUGAUUACCACAGGAGGAAGAACCAGGAGAAGCUGUCAAAACCGUUCACCAUCUCUCCAGCCUCAAUCAACCAGAACUGCUCCUUCUCUAAUUACCAUGGAGGAGGAAAACCUCCAAAUUAUCAUUUGGGGGCAGAAGUUUAUCAUCCCAACUUCUGCGCAAGACAACUAGGCUGCCCUCAGCUCAUUCCACUUAAAUCCUACAGAAGCUGCAAUCGGGCCACUUCCUGGAGGGAUGUAGAUGACCUGGAAGUGCACAAGGAUGCCAGGCUAGAUUUCGAGAUCUACCUGCCUCCAGUACUGCACUCGAAGUCCUCUUUGAUGGCUAGGAUUCCUGGGUUGUUCACACAGGAGAGGAGACUCACAAAUCCUUCUCUGACAAAGAACAUUGGUGGCCAAUCUGUCCAGAGUGGAAAAGUGAUUGUGACCUCUGUCAUUGAUGCUGGGGAUUUAGAGCUUCCUUCUAGAGAUGAGGAUGAAAUUCUGUCAGAACAACCUCCUGUUGAGGCUACUCCUUUUCCCAGAACAUUGCUACUCAAGCUGAGGUUUCGGAGUCCUCCUCUACCUCUUACUAAGUCAAAAAGGCUUAGAAAGAGGACUAGAGUUGAAUCUGAUGAGACAAAAAAGCCUGCAGUUGUUCCAACUGAAACUUCUGGAACUGAUGAUGAGCUGCGAGAGGCCUUUAAGGCGGUGGAGCAGGAGAAAAAGCUGGAAGAACCAGAAGAGGUAGAAGAAGGACCUCAAGGAGAGGCAAAGAUCGUGGAAGAAGAGGAGGAAAUUCCCACUGAGGUAAUAGCAGAGAGCAUUGCCUUGGCGCAAAAGCAACAAGAGAACACGAGGGCAGAGCUGACCAGCUUAGAGUUAACCUUUUUUGAAGAUGCAGAGGUGGAGCACUCCACUGCCGUGUCAGCAACUGAGGAGCAGGCAGAACAGUCUGCAUCAGAGCCUGUGGAGCAGGCAGAACAAAUGAUUGCAUUCCCUGAAACAGUAGUGAAAGUAGCUGCUUCUGUUCCGGACUUUGCGAACUAA